UCAUGGCUCAGCUUUCGCGGGGCUCCGCUGCAGUGGCGGUGAUUCGGCUGUGUAACCCUCCGGUCAACGCGCUGAGUGCUACAACAUUACAAGCUUUAGAACGAGAAGUGAACCAUGCAAAUAUGGAUCCUACUGUGAAAGCUGUUGUGAUUUGUGGGGCAAAUGGAAAAUUCAGUGCAGGUGCUGAUAUCAAAGGAUUUUCUAAUGUUAACCGGAAAGGCAUGCCCAGUUUGGAGUCAGUAGUUUCUUUAAUAGAGAAAAGUGACAAGCCAAUGGUGGCUGCCAUUGAAAGCAUGGCUUUUGGAGGAGGCCUGGAGGUGGCAUUGGGCUGUCAUUACAGAAUUGCAGAUACAAAGGCUAAGGUGGGUUUGCCUGAGGUCCUGAUAGGCUUAAUUCCUGGUGCUGGUGGGACUCAGCGGCUUCCUAGACUGAUAGGAGUACCAGCUGCACUUGAUAUCAUCACCACAGGAAAAUAUGUGCCAGCUCCAGAAGCGCUUCGACUGGGGAUCCUAGAUAAGGUUGUGGAAGAAAAUACCAUUGAAGCUGCCAUAAGCUUUGCAGAAAAAGUUUCAGGUCAGCCACUGGGACCUCGCAGACUCUGCCUGAAAGAAGCUCCCAGGCUACACAACAUGGAAGCCAUCCUUGAGGAAGCUUUUAUGAAGGUGAAGAAACAGGCCCGUGGUUGCCUUUCACCAGAAAUGUGCUUCCAAGCUGUAAAAGCCUCUGUGUACUUGCCUUUUGAAGAAGGAAUUUGCAAAGAGAGAGAACUCUUUCUCAAACUCUUCGUUUCAGACCAGGCUAAGGCAUUGCAAUAUGCCUUCUUUGCACAAAGAACUGCAGAGAAGUGGGUGCUGCCCAAUGGAGCAUCCUCAAAAAAUGCAGUCCCUCAACCAGUUCGGAAAGCAGCUGUGAUAGGUUUGGGGACAAUGGGCCAUGGCAUUGUGAUAUCUCUGGUGAGAGCUAAAAUUCCUGUGGUGGCUAUAGAGCAGGAUAAAAAGCAUUUGGAGAUGUCCAGGAGAGCUAUCAUAGGUAGCUUAGAACGUGAAGCAUCAAGAAUGCAACAGAAUGGCCUGAAACUGGAUGUGUAUCUGCCUGACCUGAUUCAUUUCACUCUGGAUUUUGAGGUGCUGAAAGAUGUAGAUCUAGUGAUUGAGGCUGUAUUCGAGAAUAUGGCUUUGAAGAAGGAAAUCUUCAGCAGGUUGUCAGCAGUUUGCAAACCUGGAGCCUUUCUGGCCACUAACACCUCCUGUCUAGAUAUUGAUGAGAUUUCUGCUGUCACUAGCUGCCCUCACCAAGUCAUUGGCAUUCAUUUCUUUGCACCCGCUCAUAUAAUGAAGUUACUAGAAAUAAUCUAUGGUCGGCAAACAUCACCCACUGCCAUUGCUACAGCCAUGAACCUGGGCAAAGCUAUGGGCAAAAUUGGGGUUGUGGUAAAGAAUACUUUUGGUUUUGUUGGGAACCGAAUGCUGGCUGCUUACAAUGAGCAAACUUAUUUCCUCUUAGAAGAGGGCAGUACGCCAGGGGAAAUAGACAAUGUUUUGGAAGAAUUUGGUUUCAAGAUGGGUCCCUUCAAGGUAUCGGACCUUGCUGGGCUUGAUGUGGGCUGGAGAUCUAGGGAAGGGCAAGGCCUGACCGGUGCCAACCACCCUCUUGGCACACCUGCUUGUCAAAGAGAUGGCAAGCGCUACAGCCCACUCCCUGAUAUCCUGUAUGAGAAGGGGAGGUAUGGCCAGAAAAAUGGGAAGGGCUGGUAUCAGUACGAUAAACCAGGGGGAAAGGUAGCAAAAUCAGAUCCAUGGCUUCAUGCUUUUCUUUCUGAUUACAGAAGUACUCAUAACAUAAGAACACGCAUCAUCACCCAUGAUGAGAUUCUGGAACGUUGUCUGUAUUCCCUUGCCAAUGAGGGCUUCCGGUUAUUAUCUGAAGGAAUUGUAUCUUGUCCAGAAGCCAUAGACACCAUCUAUAUCAAUGGUUAUGGCUGGCCCAGGCACAGGGGUGGACCCAUGUUCUAUGCUUCUGAGGUUGGAUUGUCUAGGGUUCUAACAAAACUGCAGGAGUAUGCCGAGGCUAACCCCGACAUACCCAGACUGCAACCCAGUGCUUUUCUGCAGAAGCUUGUAGCCUUGGGCAGUCCUCCUCUGAAGGAGUGGUCAACACUUCUGGGAUCUCAGCACAGCAAGUUAUAAGCUUAAUAAACUGCAUAAGCUUUGUGUUCAAA